AUGGCGACGAAACCGAAUGGGAAGUCUCCCGUCUUAUCCGCCUCUGAUGAAAAAGUGAUGCUCUUUCGAGAUGUCUCGCUGGGUCCCCACGAAACUCAGCUGCGGUUCCGUCUGAUCCACUUCUGGGAGGCUUGGAAUCCGAUUAAGAAGACUCUUAUCGGCCUUGAGAUGCUCCUCAUCGACGAACAGGGAACUGUGAUUCAAGGAUUCAUUUCGCCAGGGCGUAUUGAACAAUAUUUGGGUAAACUGAAGCGAGGAACACUGUCGGUUCUUGAGGACAUCACCACUCCUUUUGAUGAAGACAGAUUCCUGUUUCAUUCGUACGAGGUUUUUGAAGCAAACUGUGACCUCAAAGGAGACCUCUACGAUGUUGUUGGCCACAUGAAGUUGGUAAAUGGACAUACUCUCACUGAACGUCCCGUCCUUGACGAAGUGCAAAUAGCAGCUGCGAGACAUCUUCUGGUUCAUCUGCAAUUAUAUGAGUAUGGUGGACCUGUGAUUAAGGUUUACCUUUGGGACAAUGUCGCAACGGAGUUCUGCAGAAAAUUCAAGUCCUGCGAAACCACUCCCACCGUGUUGCUAAUCACGACCGUUAACACAAAGCGCCUAGGAGGUACUCUAGCCCUCACCUCAAUGUCCUCCUCACGAGUUUUUAUGGACUACGAUGUCCAGCCUACCAUUGAUUACUUCGCCUGGUUGGGCUCUUAUCCAGAGGUUGUUGGGAAGGUUAAUGCGGAUGUGGUCACUAAACGUGAGCAACUGACAAUUGGAGAAAUUUUCUCCGACAUCAAGCAGGAAUCUGCGAAGGAAGCUUUUUUUGAGUGCACGGCUACGAUUGAUGAUGUCUUCCAUGGCUCUGCUUGGUAUUAUAUUUCGUGCAGUGGAUGCCACACUAAGGCUACCAAAGGACAAACUUCUCUGAUGUGUGCAAAAUGUGGAAAGGUUAACAUAGCUGGUGUUCCAGAGUAUUGUGCAAGGUUAUCUGUUUAUGACAACAGUGACUGUGACACCCCCGAUCGUAGAUGA